AUGAGCAGCAGCUGCUCAGGGCUGAGCAGGGUCUUGGUGGCUGUGGUUACAACCCUGUUGUCUGCUUCUUCACCCUGCCCCCAGGCCUGGGGCCCCCCAGGGGUCCAGUAUGGGCAGCCCGGCAAGCCUGUGACACUGUGUUGCCCUGGAGUGACUGCUGGAACCCCUGUGUCCUGGUUUCGGGACGGGGAGCCAAGGCUGCUCCAGGGACCUGAUUCUGGCUUGGGGCAUGAAUUGCUCCUAACCCAGGUAGACAGCGCCGAUGAGGGCACCUACAUCUGCCGGACCCCCGCUGGGGCACUUGGGGGCAUGGUGACCCUGCAGCUGGGCUAUCCCCCAGCCCGUCCUGUUGUUUCCUGCCAAGCAACUGACUACGAAAACUUCUCCUGCACUUGGAGUCCCAGCCAGGUCAGCGGUUUGCCCACCCGCUACCUCACUUCAUACAGGAAGAAGACCAUAUCAGGAGUGGAUGACCAGAGGAUGAGUUCAUCCUCAGGGCCCUGGCCAUGCCCACAGGAUCCCCUGGGGGCUGCCCGCUGUGUGGUUCACGGGGCCGAGUUCUGGAGCCAGUACCGGAUUAAUGUGACUGAGGUGAACCCUCUGGGGGCCAGCACACGCCUGCUGGAUGUGAGCCUGCAGACCAUCUUGCGCCCUGACCCACCCCAGGGGCUGCGAGUGGAGUCAGUACCAGGCUACCCCAGACGCCUGCAUGCCAGCUGGACAUACCCUGCCUCCUGGCCCCGCCAGCCCCAUUUCCUGCUCAAGUUCCGGCUGCAGUACCGUCCAGUACAGCAUGCAACCUGGUCCACGGUGGAGCCGACCGGAUUGGAAGAGGUGAUCACUGAUGCUGUAGCUGGGCUGCCCCACGCUGUGCGUGUCAGUGCCAGGGACUUUCUGGAUGCUGGCACCUGGAGCGCCUGGAGCCCUGAGGUCUGGGGAACUCCGAGCACUGGGCCCUUGACAAAAGAGAUACCAUCUGGAACUCAGCUGCACACGAAGGCAGAGGGGGAGCCUCAGGUGGACAGCCCAGCUCCCUCGAGGUCCCCCCUGAAGCAAGAUCCUCGGCCACUUGAUCACAGGGACCCUCUGGAACGUGUGGCUGUGCUGGUGUCUUUGGGAAUCUUCUCCCUGCUGGGCCUGGCAGUAGGGGCUCUGGCCCUAGCUUUGUGGCUGAGGCCAAGACGGAGCGGGAAGGAUGGACCCCCAAAGCCUGGCUUCUUGGCCCCGAUGAUUCCAGUGGACAAGCUUCCAGGAGCUCCAAACCUGUAGAGGACCCAGGAGAGCUUUAGCUGAUUCCACCUAUGACUGUCUUGCUGGUGUGGACAAAAACCAAAGCAGGACAGUGGGCCUCUGUGGAUGGAGGUCUUUGCUGAAAGCUGAGCUUGGGGACCCAUUUCUGAGAGAUCCUAUAUUCCAAACUUGCUAGCUAAAAGUGCCUGGACCAUGGACUGCAUUCCAGGGUUGAAGGUCCACCUGAGCGACAUGUAUAGGUGUGGAUGUGUGUGUUCAUGUGUGACUAAGCAUGUGUGAGGCAGGGAACAUAUGUCCUCUCUAUGUAUGCAUGGAUGUAUGUGUGUAGGUACUUGGGGAAUGUGUGCAGCUCCUUCCCUCUUGGCUGUGCGUCUUACAAGGGUUGUGAAGGUGUAAAUAAAGGGUAAACAAGUUCUUGGAAAUCACA